AAAAAUAAAAUUAAGAAAGAGAAGUAAAAACCCACCGAACAGGUCCAACAACCGAAACAGCAGAUCAUCGUUCUCUAUCUGCUUUCCCCAAAACCCUCACUAAAUUUCACACAGAAAAAACACGCAAUCGAAGAUUUCCGAUCAAUAGUUUCGAUCAGAUUCCACCAUGGCCUCCAAUGGAGCUCCACUCGGAGAUGCGGAUACGAAGAUGAGCUUGGAUAAGAUCAAAAGACAGCUGGCGUCGAGCUCCGGCAGAAAUCUUCUUCAAGGACCACUCCUCAAGCGAUCUGAAACGCUGAGGAAGUGGAACGAGAGGUGGGUGAUUUUAGACCCGACCACUGGGAAGAUGGAAUACAAGGUCAAGAGAAAUGAGCCAACAGUGAAAGGAACCAUGGCAUUUGAUGCAAACAGCACUAUAACUCUUUCUCCUGUGAACUUCCAGGGACUACCAAAGUAUGAUGGCUGUUGCUUUUAUAUUGGGACACCACAGAAAAAGGAUUAUUUCCUCUGUGCGGAAACUCCUGCUGCUACUCGAGCUUGGGUAUCUACUCUGCAUGCGACGCAACUGGUUCUGAAGGCUCAUAAAGAUGCAGUAAAUACCUUAAGUGGAAACGGAUCUACAAAGUUAGGAACUGUUGCCGCUGUUGUUGCUGCUGCUAAUUCAACAGCCUUGGAAGCUUCUAAAGAAAUUGAAGCUGCACUGCAUAUUUCCAUGAAGAAUGCCUUGGGAGCUAUGCUGAAUAAGACUCCUGAUUUUCCUAUGGACGAUUUAUCAAUCAUGAAGGAAACCCUGAGAGUGAAGGACGAAGAGCUGCAAAAUUUAGCAAGGGAUCUUCGUGCUAGAGAUUCCACUAUAAAGGAACUUGCAGAAAAACUAUCUGAAACUGCUGUAGCCGCUGAAGCAGCAGCAUCGGCUGCUCAUACCAUGGAUGAGCAACGACGAAUUGCAUUUGCAGAGGUCGAACGCCUAAUUAGAGAUUCAGAAAAACAACUGGAGUCAUCUAAACUGAAGAUGAGAGAAUUGGAAGAAAAAGUUCAGAAUCUGAGCAGAGAGAAAGAACAGCUUACGAAACAAAGGGACUCGGCCGUUCAGGAAGCACAUAUGUGGCGUUCGGAGCUUGCUAAAGCUAGAGAACGUGGUGUGAUAUUGGAAGGAGCAGUUGUUCGAGCAGAAGAGAAGGUUAGGGUUGCAGAGGCUGGUGCUGAAGCUAGAAUAAAGGAAGCAAUGGAGAAAGAGUCAGCUUCUGCCACUGACAAACAAGAACUACUUGCAUAUGUAAAUGUACUACAGGAUCAGCUCAAAAGGCAGCAAAUCGAAAAGAAUGAAUCUUGUUCUAGUAUUGGUGGUGAUUCACCACUAACAAAGUACGUGGAUCCAUCACAAGAGAAUGUGGAUAAAGCAUGCCUAAGUGUCUCAAAGGCAACGACACCUGGACAUUCCGAAAGUGUAGUUCAUCCACCAGUCGAACAAUCGGAUCUCCAUUCUAUUAGGGAGAGCGAAUGGAGUGAUAUUCAAACCACCGAAGCUAGGAUAGCUGAUGUUAGAGAGGUGGGAUCAGAUGUGGAAGGGAACACCGCACACGAUAUUACUGUGGUAAAUUUCCCUCUCAAUAGUCACCAAGAUCACGGCUCUUCUCAUAAUCAGCCUUGAGAGAAUUUUUUUUUUUUUUUGUCGAGCCUAAUUUCGUAGAAGCCUAUUUUUCUUCAAAAGUAUGUUGCACUCACUUGUGAUUGUUUGGUUCUGUUGAUAAAUGAUUUGUGUUGCUGCAUGUUUUUCUUAUCAACUUGACGUAGAAAAUCGGGAUUUAGGGGAUUUUUCGAUGAACUCUUCUUCGACAUGUUUCAUUGUAUAUUUAAUAGUUAUGUUGAGUCUAAUAUGUAGGCCAUGUAUCUAUACGGAUUUAAAUUGUUAUGUAUUAUAAGGGAAGAAUAUUAUUACAAGAGAGCAUGUUUAG